AUGAUAAUAGAAGAUUGGAAUGAUUGCGCUGACAAUAAUGUUGAGUUGCACGAGACAUCAGGCAAGGCGAAAACAUCGGAUCGGAUUAUCAACACGGUCGUGACUAUUCACACAAUGGUCGGUUUUUCUUAUGGCAUGAGUGUCAUGUUGACCGAUGUUGAAGUCACCGAUCAAACGACCGAACUGCUUCACAUUCAUAAAAUGAAAGUUCCUUUUCAUAUAAGUACACAGUUUAUGUACAAAAUUGUGUUAAUCAUAGAAGUGAUAUAUAGUAUGUCCUGGGUCCUUUCUGUGCUUUUGUCUUGUCAAAUGAUGUCUGCUAAUACGAUUACCCGAUCGAUCGAGAUCGGACUUCGAGUCGUCGGCAUUUGGCCAGGCGCGACCUACGCGAUCAUCAGUCGACUUUUCUGGACCACGACGAUGAUAGUCGCACAGAUCUUUCAGUAUCGCCACAUGGCGAUGCACCUUAAUUCCGAGGAUAUCUCACAGCUGAUGGAUGGCCUAAGCGCGACGCUGUCAUACAGUUUGUUAUGUGUCAAGUUGAUUGUUUUCUGGACAAAACAACGAAUAUUCAACGAAGUGUUAGCGAGCAUCGCGACGGACUGGAAGGAAUGCGGGGAUGCCUUGUACAGCAUGAAUAACGUGGCCAAUCUCUCGCAUCGUUUCUCCAAUUUGAUCAUCGGCUUGCACUCAACGGCCGUGCUGUUCUAUGGCAUUGGCGUCGUCGCCCUGCGCAGCGACGACGUCGUCGACGCUGCUGAUCGUGAACUUUUUCUCAAAAUGGAGUUACCCUUCGAGAGUGGCACGUCGCCAAUAUACGAGGUCGUCAUGACCACGCAAUUCCUGCAUCAAAUGACGGCCGCCACCGUGAUCGGUGUGCUCAGCGCACUGCUCGUUACGCUGGUGCUUCAUGUAGGUGGUCAAAUAGAUAUUUUACGAGAAAAAUUAUUGGACAUUUUACCAAAGGAAAAGAAACCAUUUGUUUCUAUGAUUACCAUAGGCUCCUUAAUUCGAAAACAUCAGAACAUCAUCGUUUUCACCGAAAAGAUUGAGAAUCUAUACUCAUAUAUUGCGCUAGCCCAAUUCAUAUCAAAUACUCUCGUUAUAUGCUGUUUGGGCUUUAUCAUCGUAAACUCAAUCGGCGCCAAUGAAGGCUCUUCUAUGUUAGUGAGAUCUCUUUUAUUUUACGUCGUCAUUAAUUUAGAAGCGUUUAUCUUCUGUUUUGCUGGCGAAUACUUAAGUAUCAAGAGCAAGAUGAUCGGCGACGCGGCGUACCAGUCUGUAUGGUAUGAUUUGACUCCCAGCGAAAAUCGAAUCCUUCUAUUCCUGAUAAUGAGGUCACAAAAACAACUGACGAUCACCGUCGGCAAGUUCAUGAAUCUCUCUUUGCAACAGUUCGCGAAUAUCAUUAAAUCGUCAGCGUCAUAUGUCUCUGUGCUAUACGCGUUGUAA